GAGGUCCUUUUAGAUCACAGGCGCUCCAAUUUGACGCUAUAUUUUCGCGUUAGCUGCUGCUGUUUCUCUCGGCAUGUUAUGAGCUUGUGGCCUGGAGUUUAAGAUGAGCCCGUCCAGUUAAAGUGUGCUGUGUGUGUGUGUGUGUUAUCUGUUGUGGUCGUGUUAGUUGUCGUGUGUGAAGCCAGAAGCUGCUGUGUGAGGAGGAGCCAUGUGGAGCUGCGGCCGCCGCGUCCUUCAGGAGCUGCUCUCCCAGCCGCCGGCCAGGUGCUUGUCUCAGACAGCCGUCAAGAAUACCGUUGUGGUGGAGCGCUGGUGGCAGGUCCCUCUGUCCAAAGUAGGAAGUCCACCAAGGCUGCACCCUCGGAGGCACAGAAUCUACAAGUUGGUUGAAAACACCGCGCACAGUCCCAAGCAGAAGAUGGAGCUCAUCCUGACCCAGACUGUAGAAAAGCUUGGUGGGCGCGGAGACACCGUGUUUGUGAGGAAAUCUGUGGGCCGGAACAAGCUGCUGCCCCAGGGCUUAGCCGUGUAUCCAUCACCGGAAAACAAACAGAUUUUUGCCGAGGAACUCAAACGUUUGCGUGAAGGGACGCUGGAGGAAAGAGUGCAGACACGCACCGGACAGCUAACAGUGGAGUACCUCAAACGCUUAAAGCUGACGAUCGAUGAUAUACCUUCAGCUGACGUCGUGCUCACGAAAGAGAUCGUUUGCAGACAGAUCCUCAAGAGGUUUCGAAUAGUGGUGCCACCUCAUGCACUGAGACUUCCAGAUGAGCCGAUCAAGAGUUUUGGAGAUUACUGGUGUGAGAUUACGGUUAAUGGAAUAGACACGGUGCGUAUCCCCAUGUCGCUGGCGCCAUAUCAAGACCCUUCUGCCAGUUUCCAGAAAAUCUUGAAGAAACAAAAGAAGGAGCAGGGAGAGGCAGCCACACCUGCUGGUGAGGAGGAAGAGGAGGCAGUUUUGAAGGCAGUUUCUGAGGCGGCAGGAGAACCUGAGGCCGAGAAAGAGGCUGCGACUUCUCUUGCAUCCUCAGCUGCAGCAGGAGCCUCGGCAGCAGCUCCCGAUGCUGCGGAGGCUCCACAGACGAGUCAAGACACAUCAGCGCCACCAAGUGACACCCCGAAGAAAGAUUAAUGGACAUUGUUAAACAUAAACUCCAAACGAAGACAACAGACUUUGAUAACUGUUUACCUCCAUUACAGUUUGAUUAAAUAUACAAGAACAACAGUCAAA